UUGAUGCUCUUGAAAAUCUCAAGAGAAUUACGAAUGAAGUGAGCUGCAAAGAAGCCAAAUUAAAAAAUAUGAAAUGCCCUGAAAAUUUAAAUGUUGAAGAUUUAAUAGUAAGGAUGGAUAAGAAGGAUACUUAUAAGCAGUACAAGAAAGCUGAUGCUUAUUGUAAAUAUGUUGAUGAUUUAAUUGCCUCCUUCAUACUCCUGAAUGAUGCAAGGGAGGACGCAUUGAAGUACUUGAAGUACACUACAGUAUUUUAUACUACACAAAAUGAAGAAGUCAAGAAAGUAGUCCAUGCAUAUCGAAUUUAUGGAAAGAAAUUGAAAAUCAUGGAAAAAGCUCUCUCUGAGAAAAUGUCUGGGCUUCGUGAGUUAUUUCCAUCACCCAUCCCAGAAAGUCCGAUUUCAGAUAACUCUAUAGAAUUUAGUCUACCAUCGGAUUCUCCUACUCUAGAUUCAAAUCCGGAGCUGGUAAAUACAGUUGAUGAUAGUCAAAACUCUCCGAGUUCAAACACUGAAUGUACUGAAGACUCAAGCCAUGAAAUUUAUGUUCCUGGCGAAUCCCCAAGUGAAAAUGCUGAAGUUACCGAAAGUAUAUGUCUGAAAGAUGCAGGUUCACUGUCAGCAACUGAUGAAAAGGAUGUCCCAAAUAUGGAAGUUACUUCUUUUGAUGUUCCCUUUAGACAAGAAGAUUCAGACAUUUCAGAUGAAAAAAGUAAUGUUGAUUCUAAUAUUAUGGACUCAGAAUUGAAGGUGAAAAGUGAUGUCGCUACUCCAGCUGAAGGAGAUUCAACUGAUAUAGAUUUUCUGCUUGAAAAGGCUUAUGAUGAACGUAAAGGUAAAAAAGCGAAUAUCAAACGUAAAAAUAGAAAAUUUGUUGAAAGCUAAAGGGAGCAAAGCCUGCAAAGUUUCUGACAGUGAGAAGGGUGAUCAGCAUGAAUCGAAUGAGUCCAAACUUCCAACUAAGGCAGUCAUAGCUACUGUAGAAGAUAAUAAUAAUGGUAGCAAUUUUGAAAAUCCAAUGUCAGAAAUUGUCAAUAAAGCAGAAAAAUUGCAGGUACCUCCUUUUCUGGAUGCAGAUAAAGUAUCAGAAAAGGACACAGUUCAAACUGAUAACAUUAUUGACUUUGAACAGGAAAAGGAAAGUCAAGAUCAAGAUGUAUCCAAGAUUGAUGAUUGCCAGUCAAGAACACUUAAAAUGGAUACCGAUGCGGAUGAGGAAAAUAGCGUGCCAAAAAUUUGUGCACCAGCUCAACAAACACUAUCUCAAAUACCCUUAGAGCUGUUGAAAAGCCUUCUUGAUAAAAACAUAUUGAAUACUUGUUCUUCUCAAGAAACUGUUUUUCGAAAGGAAGACAAUAGUUGUGAGAAAGUAUGUGUCGCCGACAAUGCAGCUUGUACUAUUAAAUCUGAGAAACAGGAAGAAAUUCCCUGUAUAGAUGUUAAGCCUGACAAAAGUGUCAUGCAAACUGAAUCUUCUCAAAAUGCAUUGGCAGAAUCUGCCACAUCAUGUGAAGAAUUAACUAAAUUCAAAGAAGAAAAUCAGCUUCUUGAAGAAAUAACAGACAAAAUUGAUAAAGAGUCCACCGUGAUUGAAAGUAAUUUGCCCAGUUUCAUUAUUGAAAGCACAGACACUAAAAAAUUGAGCGAUGCCCAAUGUAAUAAGUCUCUAGUUCCCGAUAAUGUUUCAAAAACUGAGGUACUUGACAAUGCGAAAUCAUCAAACUUUUUAGAAACUCUUGGGACAACACUCAAAUGCUUGACUGCAAACAACUUAUCUUUGCCACAGUUUAAAGGUACUGAAAAACAAAUGUCAGAGAGUGGGUUUUCAGUCAUGGCUCUAGAACACUCACUUAGGUUAUACAACUUCCUUCUGCAGUGUCACCAAGCAGUUGAAAACAAAGAAGAUUACGUAGAUAAUGUGGCAUUGAAUAAAACUGAAGCUAUCAGCACUGUUCCUAGCACUGAGAAUUUAGAUGUGUGUGUUAACUCAAAUAAGGUACCUGAAAAUGCAUUGGGUAAUAUUGAAAAUUCUAAACAUGAUAAUUUAGAACUUAUGGAUAUGGAUGUUGAUUCAGAAGAUGAUUCCUAGCAAAAAUCAAUUUUAAAGCUUCAAUUGUGUAUAUGUUUUUGUACAUAA